UGUUCUCGGACCCAUAUAGGGUUUCUACGUUUAAUCGUUGGACUUCACCUUAUCUUGAUGAUGAUGCUAAAGCUGUGCGUGAAGAUAGUGCCUUGAAGCUCGAAAUCGUACCAUUCCUUAUCUUUGGUGCUGAUGUGACUCACCCUCAAGCAGGAGAGGACUCAAGUCCUUCUAUUGAUUCGGUCCAUCCAAGUUGCUGCUGUAGCUGAUGACUUCUAAGCUUGGGAGAUGCUAAAAGGAAAGCCCCAAAGCGUUGAUCUGAUAUUGACAGAGGUUGAUCUACCUUCGAUACCUGGAUAGGCUCUUCUAACACUUAUCAUGGAGCAUGAUAUCUGAAAGCACACCCCUUUCUUAAGUACGAUUCAUUUUUAUAUAACUCCUGCUUCUUAUUUUUUAGUAAUGUUUUUCGGCUCAUUAACUUCUGAUUUGUGUUGUUUUUCUCUUCUUUGUUUCACUGAUGUCGACACUGGACUCGCUUAAUCAAAUUAGGAGAGCACAAGAACAACAACACAGUUUCCUCUUCAAAAUUAUGCGUUCACCAAUGAUGUUAGGCGGUCAAUUGUUUGGAAGAUCAUCUCUUCAAUCCGUUGGUCUCCAGAGACAGAGGGAAGGAGCUGCUGCAAAUUCCCAACCAAUUGAACCAAGAGAAGAAGUCGUACCUGUUGAACGAGAUUUUCGAGUGCUUCAUCCUUCGAGAAGGAAUGGUGCUAAAUGGUUCAAGAACAACACUGAAAUAUCAACCCGUGUUAGGAAAAUUAUUGAAGGGUGUUUUAAAGGACCAUGGUACAGCUGGAGAAAAGUACCACAGUUUUACAAAGAUGCUUGGUAUUCAACAUUUAAGACUAAGUAUGAGUGGCAUGUAUCUAUUGAGGCUCUAGUGAAAGCUAACUUUGAUAAGCUAGCUGCCACUCGCCUCAAAGGAAUGGUGAGCCUUGCAAAAUCCAAUGGAGAAAAACCUGAUUGGAUUCUUUCAGAAUACUGGCGAGAAAUGUCAGACUACUGGAAGACACCAAAAGCCAAAGAAAAAAGUGAGAAAGCUCGUGCAGCUCGAUUGUUUGAUCGUGAUGGUUUAGGUCCACACAGCCAUAGAUCAGGCUCACGUUCCUAUGCCAAAGUUCAAGAUAAUCUGAUAGCAAAUAAUGAAGACUCUUCCUUCAUUGCUGUGUUGAAGAAAACACACCAGAAAUCAGAUGGCUCAUAUGGUGAUGAAAAGGCACGCUUAAUUGCGGAGAAAUAUGAUGAAUAUGUGCAGGAACGAUUGUCACAGGUUGAGCCUUCUAAUGGAGAGGUUCUGAUGGAUUCUCUUACUGUGGAGGAAAGAAAUGAAAUCUAUGUAAAGGUUGCUGGAAUUACAAAACAAGGUCGUGUGUUUGGACUUGGGUCACUUCAAAGUGGAGUUUGUAUGCCACUAGAUGGUUCUUCAGGUUCACCACAAGCUGUUGAAGAUGAUGGUACUUUAACUCACCGAGUCAAAGAGCUUGAGUCAGAGUUGCAAAAGAGUAAUGAAGAGAAAGUUCAGUUUCAGAAUAGGAUUGAAGCAAUGGAGAAGAUAUUGAAGACUGCUUUUGGUGAAAAUGUGUUGACUCCAACAGAUGCAAGCCCACUCGCAUGAAGUUGUUUCACUGUUGCCUCUCCAAGAGCAUCUGUCGUGUUUUCUUUCAGUUUGG